AUGCCGCACAGUUCAGUUGCUGAGGAAGCGGUGUUCGGAGUGCUCUUCACGCUGUCGAAGGAAAAGUACAACACGUCGUGGAAAUUCGCUCUACUGGACAUCAUCCUCAACUGGGUGCAGUUGCUGCUCCUCGUGCUCUCCGGCGUGUUCCCCUGGGACAUGGGCGAGUUCGGCGAGGUCGCGAACAACCUCGGCGUGCCGGAGCUCAUGAAGGACGGCGGGUAUGCCGUGUUCAACGCCACCUUCUACGUGCUGUUCGCGGUCACCGUCGUGUCGGUCGCGCUCUGCGGCUGGGUCGCGCACAACUUCGUGACCAACAGGUUCCCGUUCGUCUGGCCCAUCAAGGUCCUGCGCUUCGUGGUCUCCAUUUUCUUCCGCACCUUUUACAUCACCGUGCUCAACGUGUUCGCCAUCGGGCCCGACUGCCGCAACGUCGGGGGCGACCUCGUGGCCGACAUCUUCCCGGACAAGAAGUGCUUCGGGCUCCCGCACGGCAUCACCGCGCUCCUCGCGAUCCUGGCGGGCAGCGUCGGCGGCGCCAUCUCCUUCCUGAUGGCCGUCGCAGAGUCCUCGCUGGACCCCAUGACGGAGGAGGUCCUCGGCUCGCCCGACUCGGUGACGGACGUGAGGUUCUUCAGCCUCAUCACCGUCGUCACCGUGCUCUCCGUCUUCCUGGACCACAACAUCAAGGCGUUUGCCAUCAUCAUGCUCAUCGCAUCGACCGGGUUCGUGUAUCUCAUGCUGCGGAAGGCGCCCUACUACUACAAGUGGGUCAACGCGCUCCAAACAGGCCUGUACGGGACGAUCUUCUGGACCUCGCUCUGCCUCGCGGUCCUGGUGUUCCUCCCCGAGGAGAGGUCGCUCAUCACAGUGGCGAUGUACGCGGGCUUCGGCCCGUCCUUCUUCCUCUUCGGCGCGCUGAUGCUCUGGCGCCUCCGGUCCUCGGAGAAGAUAGCGGACCGGUUCCACGCGGAGACUUCCCUCUUCAAUUACGAGUUCAUCGACGAGUGGAGUGUCGAACUGGCCAGCCGGUGCAUGCGCCGCCGCGACCAGUACGGCAACGUCCAGGAGGACUGGAUCGAGGCCGCCGAGCGCAUCGUCCGCGCCGGGCUCUUCCAGUUCCCGGUGUCGUCCUAUCUCAUGCAGCUCAACGCCAACUUCCUGCUCAGCGCGAAGAAGGCCUCGCAGGCGGCCUCCGCGCAGAUCAACCAGGUCCGGCAGCUCACGGGCGGCAUGCCCAUGGGCGAGCAGUUCCAGCUCUUCUGCCGGGACCGCGAAAUGAAGCAGCGCAACAAGGGCAGCGGAACCGACUCCGCGAUGGACCUGGUGUCGUACGUGGAGUUCCAGAACAGCUACGCGCAGCUCCUGCACUGGCACUCCGGCGCGAUGAAGUCCGUCCGGGGCUUCUGGAGGACGCUCCUGCGCCCGGAUCUGACGUUCCGGUCGCUGUCGCACUCCUUCAGCACGCUGGCCAUGUCCUCGGAGCGCGCGGAGAAGGUGUACGCGAGCAUGCUGGAGCGGUACCCGCGGAACGUGAAGCUGCUGCGCGCGUACGGGAAGUUCCUGGACGACCUGAAGAACGACCCGUGGAAGGCGGCGCGCUACUACGGCGAAGCGGACAAGAUCGAGGACAUGCAGGCCGAGGCGCAGCGCGACGCCAUCUUCGGCGACAUGUCCGCGGAGGGCGACGCGAGCGCGGCGGUCGUGGACGACACCAAGGACGCCGUGGUGGUCAUCAGCGACACAGGCAUCAUUCAGAUGGCCAAUCGGAUCCUGAACAAGCUGUUCGGGUACAAGGUCGGGGAGCUCGAGGGCAUGAACGUGUCGUGCCUCAUGCCGCAGCCCUUCUCCGGGCAGCACAACGGCUACCUGCGCAACUACAAGCUCACGGGCAAGUCCAAGGUGCUGGGCAAGGUGCGCGAAGUGAUCGCGCUGCACAAGAGCGGCAGCGUGAUGCCGGUGCAGCUGGCCGUGACCAAGGUGCCGUCGGACGGCCAGGACGCCUUCAUGGGCGUCAUCCGGUCCGUCAACGACGACCUGAGCUGCGGGACGGCGUGGCUGACGGCGGGCGCGGUCUUCCUCGCGGCGAACCGGGGCUUCGCGGACAACUUCGGGUACUCGUCGAAGGACGUCGUCGACAAGUCGAUCUUCAUGAUCGCCCCGUCGGACUCGUCGUGGGACAUGGAGAUUGCGCGGUGCGCGGAGGAGGCCUCGAACAUCAGCGACGACGCGGAGGAGGAGCUCCAGAGCUACAAGUACAAGUUUGAGGCCGCGAUCAGGCACAAGUACGCCAACAUCGACGUGGCGAUCAACGUGAUCAUCACGCUCGCCGGCACGAGGGCGCAGCGCAUCCUCGUCUGCCACAUGUACCCCAAGACCUCGAAAGACGGUAUCCUGGUGGUCAACACGGCGGGGGAGAUCGUGUACGCGAACGCGGUCGCGGAGAAGAUCAUGGACUACAAGCCGGGCUUCCUCCUGGAGUCGGAGGCCAAGAUUUCGAGCAUCCUGCCCUCCCCCUACGGUCAGGUCCACAUGCGAUGCAUGCGCAACCUGGGCAACAUGUCGACGACGUCCGCGCCGUGCUUCGCGGGGCGCCCCACGAUGCUCCUCGGGCGGCACCACAAGCAGUACCCCGUCAAGAUGUCGUGGCGGCCCGUCAAGGACGGGGAGUCUCUGGUGCUGGUUGCUGUCUUGUCGGGCCUGCCUGUGCCCCCCAGCAACGACUGGGCCCAGGGCGGCCCCGAGGAGGCGCUGCACCUGCCCAUGAGGACGCGGAUACUCGUGACGGACGAGGGCGAGAUCGUGGCCGGGUACGGCGGGAUGGGGUACAAAUACGACAUCCCCGGGGCGGUGCUGGGCGUCAACUGCGCCGAGCUGACGGGGCGGCUCCUGUCGGAGCACGUCGACGUCAUCCACGCCGCGGUGCGCAACGCGCAGCUGUACGGCAAGGUCGACCCCAAGACGGUGGUCGGGCCGUUCAUCAAGAACCUUCUCAGCAAGUCUCGCGAGCUCGACCUCUUGUCUUGGCGCGUGGGCUUCAUGCCGGACCCCGGCAAGGAGGACACCUGCGUCACCAUCGCGCUCACCGUGCAGUCGAUCGACCGCUCCGCGGUGAACGUCAACGCCCUAGAGCUCGAGACGCGGUACCGCCAGGAGCUGUCGGGGGGGCGUGGGUACGUCAUUGACCUGUGGCGCUACGACCUCCUCGAAGCGAGCCUCGAAACGGACAAGAACUUCAUCAUCCGGAGCGCGAACCUCCACGCGCAGCUCAUGUUCGGGUACAGCUCGGCGUCGGUGUUUGGGAAACCGCUGUCGAUGUUGCUCCCGCAGGGCUCGAGCGCCACGGCGCAGCUGCGCGCCGCGGCGACGGGCGGGCGCGCGCCCGCGAUGGAGCUUGCGCACGCCGACACCGGCGCGAUCAAGGCGUCGAUGGCGGGCGCGCCGAAGAAGCACAGUAGCGACAAGUUCGUCGUGCUGUUCCGCGACACGUGCUCCGUGGCGCCCGAGACGCUCGCCCCGCCCAACACGCUGCGCCGCAUCGAGGGGCUUUUCGCGAAGGAGGGUCUCGUGCGGCAGGGCGAGCCGAUGAAGCGCCAGGUUGGCGGGGUGCGCUUUGCGGCCGAGCUGGAGGAGCGCUUCAUGAUCGAAGGACGAGGGAAGGGGAGGAGGGUCGGGAGGUCGAACCAGGAGUUGAGGGACGCCGGGGAGUCGGACGAGGAGACGGACGAGGUGACGGACGACGACGACGACGAUGACGACGACGACGCGAAGCCGCGUUCCAAGCCGGGCGAUGAGAACGAGAGCGAAGCCAGCAGCGGCGGGAGCAUGGCGUCUGCGGCGAUGAGCGAGGCCACGACGGUGGCGCAGGUCCAGGCCGCGGACUUCCGGCGCGCGAAGCGCUACAAGCGCAUCCACCGGGCGCUGUCGAACUCGCGCGUGACGCGGCUGAUCUCGUCGCUGCAGCUGAAGAGCAAGCUCCUGCUCCUGACGCUCGCGGUCAUCUACGCGGCCAUCUCCGGGACCGUGAUCGGGCUCUCGGAGGAGUACAAGCGCACCUUCACGCUCGCGCUCGAGGCGGUGCAGAUCGGGGAGGAGAUCGAGCAGGUCGCGGUGUUCUCCCGCUCACUGCAGUCCGUGCGGGACGGCACGGGCUGGGCCGCGAGCCUCGAGACCAGCUUCAAGACCAGGCUCGACACCACCGCGGAGCGGUUCUGGGGCCACCUGCGGGACUCGUACAUCGAGCCCAGGCAGCGGAACAGGGUCUCGCAGGACGUGAUCGACGUGUUCGAGGAGCCGCACUUCCCGCUCGAGUGGUUCGACGACACCAACCUGGACCCCGCCACCGGCGCCCGCUUUGACGAGACCCGCCCGCUGCUCGUCAACCAGACCCGCAUCGUCGGCUUCUUGAAGCUCGCGCAGUUCUACACCCUGGCGGCGCGCGAGAUGCGCACGCCGCCGGCGCGCUUCCAGGGCGCCGCCGCGGGCUCCCUCCAGAUGCGGGACUUCCGCCACUUUCAGAUUGUUCAGGCCAACGUGCAUGGCGGGAUGCUCGACGGCUUCCGCGAGUACGAGGUCGCGCAGGGCCAGGACCUGAGCAACCAGAAGAAGGUGGUGCAGAACUUCCUCCUGGCGGCCGCGCUGAUCUCGAGCAUCGGCCUGAUUCCCAUCGUGACCUUUGCGCUCCUGUCGACGACGCUCAGGCUGGUGACGGCGCGGCUGAAGCUGCUGCGCGUGUUCCUCCAGGUGCCCCGGCCGGUGCUGAUCGCGCUGGCGACGCAGGACAUCGGCGUCGAGGAGGACGACGAGGACGUCGAGGGCGCGUGGCGGCGCGCGGCGCUGACCGAGGAGGAGAAGGAGAUGAUGGAGAAGGAGGCGCUGGAGGCGAAGAAGCGCCGCAAGCGCCGCAAGCGCGGGGUCAGCGACACCGCGUCGGUGACGGGCGGCGGCGCGGCGUCCGCGGGCCCGGCGAUCAACUUCAUGGCCAACACGCAGGAGCUGUCGAACAACAACUGGCGCCUCGUGUGCGUCCUGACGCUGCCGAUGUUGUUCCUGAUGGGGGCGUGCCUGGGCAUGCACCUCGGGGCGCGCGCCGUGCUGGACGAGAUCGACGGGAAGACGAACGCGAUGAUUGCCGCCGAGGACAUGCUCCAGCAGGUCGCGAGGAUGGUCGAGAACGCGCAGGAGCUCGUGCUCGCGGACCCUACGGUCGCCGACACCGACGCGCCCGGCGGGGAGCGCUGGACGAAGCGCAGGAACCUGAACGAGACCACGAGCACGUUUGAGGGCACGUGGGACGGAAUCAUCUUCGGGGACGCGUCCAAGGGCCUGGACGGCGACGUCAUCGCGGCGUCCGAGUUCCAGAGCCUCCUGUUCGACGCCGACCAGUGCCUGCGCGCCAACGCCUCGUCGUGCCUCGCCACGGACCACCCCUUUUACGAGGAGCUCAACAACGGCCUGGACCAGGCCAUCCGCGCCGUGGUCAACGCCGCGAACCUCCUCGGAAACUCCGCGCUCGCGGACCCCGACGUCCAGGCGCGGCUGGACGACCCGCACUUCCAGCUCCUGUGGGUGGCGGGGCUGAUUGACGCGCGUGACGGCCUGUCGACGAUCUCGAAGAAGUUCAACAAGCAGGCCGAGGCGCACAUCGUGGAAGUCGAGGCCAUCGAGGGCGCGCUGUUCGGGCUUGGCAUCAUCUUCAUCGCAUGCUACUUCCGCAUCCUCAAGCCCUAUACCAAGUCGGCCACCGAGGAGGGCCACUACGUCUCGGAGCUGCUCUCGCAGCUCCCCGAGGAGAUGGACGUCAUCGAGACGCUCAAGGUCGCGGCCGACAUCGAGGAAACAGCGGGCGUGAGCACGCCCUGGAUGGUUCGAUUCGCGAAGAGCGUGCGUCACGGCGCGGCACGCAUCGCGCUGGGCAGGGCGCUCUACGACGAGCUCGAGGACGUCAUCCGCGCGAAGGAGGACGAGAUCGCCGAGGAGUCCUCGCUGUCGCUCCUGGCGAACUCGCGCUGGGCGCCGAGCGCGGCCGCCGAGACGGCAACCAAGGGGAAGAGGAAAAAGAAGAAGUCGAGGGGCAAGAGCUCGUGA